AUGUGCGGGGGGUGCUGCACGUCUUCCUCCUCGUCCUCCUCCUUCUCCUCCUUCUUCUCCUGCCUCCCGUACCGCCCCCCAAGCGGAGAGCCCGCGAUGGUGGAGAACUCCCCGGCCCCCUUGCCAGAACGGGCGAUAUACGGCUUUGCUCUGUUUCUGGGAUCCUGGUUCGGCUUUAUACUGUAUCUUAUCUGGGCAUAUGUUCCUGAGACUUGGCUCUUCUCACUGGGACUAACGUACUGGCCUCAAAAGUACUGGGCAGUUGCUUUGCCAGCAUACUUACUAGUUUCUGUAGGAAUUGGUUAUAUGUUACUUUUUGGUAUUAACAUGAUGAGUACCGCUCCACUUAAUUCCACGCAUACCGUUACAGAUAACUAUGCAAAAAAGCAGCAACAGAAGAAAUUUCAAGAAGAAGCAAUUCCAGCACUGAGAGAUAUUCCCAUCAGUGAAGUAAACAGAAUGUUUUUUCUUCCUGAAAAAGGAAUCUGCAAUAGCAGAUAGUUCUUAUUAAGACUUGUUUGAAUUAGCUGAUUAGUUGAAGCAUUAUGUAAGUAAAAUCAAAACCUUCCCACGGUAAAAGAAACUUCUUUCUGAUUUUAUAACAGAGCUUUUUGUUCUGAGUUUCUAACUAAAUUAUGUAAAAUCAUUUCAUUGAGAUGGUUUGGUUUUAUUAUUAUGCAUGCAGCUUAAUAACUUGCAUUGAUAUGAAAAUUAUGCCACAUUAAUUUAUCUAACUGUUCUUUUGAUUUUAAAAUAGCAUUCUAUUACUUGUAGGUUGCUACUUGUAAUUUCCCUCUGAGUAAAAGAUAAUAUUUGGACCUAGCUUAAUUUUGUUUCUCACUGAGUCUGGGGAGAGCAAAUGUGUUUUAUUUAUCAAAUGCUUAAAGCUUUUUUAUAUAAGUUAAAUUGAAGUGUUUACAUUGUAAAUGUACGGUUUUCAUAUGUAAAUAUUAGUAAAAUGUAGUUAAUUUUUACUUCCUUAAAGUUAGCAACUUUUCUGUGAUUCUAUAUUUGUUCUGCGUCAAGGUAUAUAGUGGUUGAUUUUUCUUUACACAGUUCUUCACUCAACAAACUUUUUUUUUUUUCUCCCCCAAAUUGCUGGACUUAUUAACCAUAUAACCACAGAACGGCUUGGGUUGGAAGGGACCUUGAAUAUCAUCCAGUUCCAACCUCCCUGGCAUAGGCAGGGAUUCCACCCACUAUAUCAGGUUGCCCAGGGACUCAUCCAACCUGGUCUUGAACACCUCCAGGGAUGGGGCAUCCACAACCUCUCUGGGCAACCUGGUCUAGUGCCUCACCACCGUCUGAGUGAAGAAUUUCCUCCCAACCUAUAAUCGGAAUCUCCCCUCUUUUGGUUUAAAACCAUUCCCCCUUGUCCUGUCAUUAUCUAACUGAGCAAAAAGUUGCUCUCCAUCUUUUUCAUAAGUCCCCUGUAAGUAUUGAGGGGCUGCAAUGGGGUCAUCCCAGAGCCUUCUGUUCUCCAGGCUGAACAGCCACAGCUCUCUCAGCCUUUCUUCAAAGGAGAGGUGCUCCAGCCCUCUGAGCAACUUCGUGGUCCUCCUCUGUCCCCACUCAAACAGCCCCACAUCCUUCUUGUGCUGGGGGCCCCAGACCUGGACGCAGCACUCCAAGUGAGGUCUCACAAGGGCAGAGCAGAGGGGGACAAUUCCCUCCUUCCGCCUGCUGGCCACCCCUCUGUUGAUGCAGCCCAGGAUGCAGCUGGCCUUCUGGGCUGCAAGCACACACUGCUGGCUCAUGUUGAGCUUUUCAUCCACCGGAACCCCCAAGUCCUGCUCUGCGGGGCUGCUCUCAGUGAGUUCCUCUCCCAGUCUGUACUCAUGUCUGGGAUUGCCCCAACCCAGGUGCAGUACCUUGCACUUGGACUUGUUGAACCUCAUUAGAUUCACGCUGGUCCACUUCUCCAGCCUGUCCAGGUCCCUUCGGAUGGCAUCCCUUCCUCAAUUAAUUAAAAUACCAAGAUUACCAGAAAUAAAGGAGCUAUGUUGUAAAAAUUUUCUGAAACAACUGUUGAGAUUGCAUUUAUUAAGCUUUCUUUAAAACACUGAAAACUAGGUUGAAGGAACCUCCAGGUCCACCUUGUUGUAGUCUGGAUUAUAACACAAAGCACAGUAAUUUAUGGCAAUAGUUCAAAUAUUUCUUAAAAAGUAAAUGUUCUUUCAUGUAUGCUACAUUUUAAGUGUAUUGUUGUUUGGGCAUAUUUUAUGAGUAUUUGUAUCUAAUCUUCAUGACUGUAAAUUAGUAAAAUGUUUUUUGCUUGAAA